AAAAGUUCCGCUCGAACUUGUAGGCGACACGGUCCUACUACUAAGUUCUUUAGAGCUCCUGCGCUGCAUAGAUACAAAUUAGGCUACUUGUGGCGUUGCUUAAAUAAGUAUGAUGUCAAAAUCAAAGCAAAGUUUAGCUUUACGACUGGCGGAAGCUGAAAAGCAGCAACUAGCUUCAUUAAGCACUGCCAAGCCGGUGGACUCAUUACAAGAAACUGAGGAGGCGGAAUACGCCGAUCUGCCGGUGCAUAGCCAGGACAGUACUAAAUAUCUCUUCAGUGCUGGAUUCUAUAUGGGGGUCAUAAUGCCACCGCGCUAUCGCUUCUUCUACGUUCUUUAUUCGCUAUUCGUCAACAUGUUGGGUACAAUUUAUUUACCCAUCGGUUUUACGCUCAUCUUCUUCACUAUUUCAGCAGAGGAGGUGAAUAUCGGCAACCUGCUCACUUCGCUGCAGGUCACCUUCGACGUCUACGGCGGUUCUGCCAAGCUCGUAAUUAUGGCCUUCAUGUUGGUAAAGCUGCGUGCCACAUACGUGCUCACUCAGCGGCUGGACAAGCGUUGUCGUGCCGCAGAUGAAGUCACUGAACUGUACAAAUUGGCGCGUUUCGGAAAAAAGGCUGUCAUCUUUUUUUUCACCAUCUUUCUCAGCUACUCGGCCAGCACGUUCCUCGGCUCCAUUGUUAUGGGUCAUCCGCCGUAUGCGCUGUAUUUCCCCUUUCUCAAGUGGCGUCGUUCGAAGCCCGAAUUUCUCAUCGCGUCAGUACUUGAAUUCAUCAUGAUGGACUUCGCUUGCUUACAACAGACUGUAAAUGACGCCUAUCCGGUCAUCUACAUUAACAUUCUGCGUACUCAUAUGAAAAUUUUGCUACUACGCGUUGAGAAGUUGGGCACUAAUACUGCGCUAACAUUGGAUCAGCAUCUUAGGGAGCUGAAGUUAUGCAUUAAGGACCACCAGUCGUUGAUCGAGCUUUACGACGUCAUUGCGCCCAUCAUUUCAGUGACGAUUUUCAUACAGUUUAUGGUGACGGCCUGUUGCAUCGGCACAACUCUCAUCAACAUUGUCAUCUUCGCGAACGAGUUCUCAUCGCGCAUCGCAUCCUGCUUUUACAUAUUAGCCGUGACCGUGGAGAUCUUUCCUACCUGCUAUUACUCGCAAUGCCUCAUCGAUGAUAGCAAUCAGCUGUCGGAUGUGAUUUUCCAUUCGAAUUGGAUCGGUCAAAGCAAAGAGUACCGCCAGCUGUUGAUUUUUUUCAUGCAACGUGCCCAGCGUCCGAUGUAUCUGACUGCAGGCAAAUUAUUUCCGGUCACACUAAGUAGUUUUCUCAGUAUUGCUAAAUUUUCAUUCUCCCUGUACACUUUGAUCGACAACAUGAAUUUAAAGGAACGUUUGGUCAUGAAAUGA